AUGGGUUCCACGUUAAGAACUUCUACUCUGAAGAGUUCUCUCCCCAGGAUUUUGUUACUUCUCCAUGAAGACAGGACUCAGGGAUUGAAGGGUGCCGGAGGCACGGAAACAACGCGUGAUUUUGGAGGUGGUGGAGGGAAGGGUGGGAGGAAUGCCGGCACCAGUAUCAUGAACGAAAGAGGCGCUGCUUGGGAUAAAUGCCCAAGUCCAGAAAUAGCAAAUCCUCGUGCAGGAAGACAUCUUUAUGUUAGAAUUCAUGGAGAUAAGUUUUCAAGGACAUCAAGCAGAAAUCAGUCAAAAGUGACCAAGCACACAAGGGAACAGGGCACUAUGAGCAUGAACCAACAAAAACAGACUUGCAGAGACUUCAGUUAUCUGAAUGAUCAGAAACAGGAUCCAAAUGAAGAUACAGAAUGGAAUGAAAUUUUAAGAGAUUUUGGCAUUCUUCCUCCAAAAGAAGAGCCAAAAGAUGAAAUUGAAGAAAUGGUUUUACGUUUACAGAAAGAAGCAAUGGUUAAACCAUACGAAAAGAUGACUCUUGCACAGUUGAAGGAAGCUGAAGAUGAAUUUGAUGAUGAAGAUAUGAGAGCUAUUGAAAUAUAUAGAGAAAAGCGGUUACAGGAAUGGAAAGCUCUUAAGAAAAAACAAAAAUUUGGGGAAUUAAGAGAAAUUUCUGGAAAUCAGUAUGUGAAUGAAGUCACAAAUGCAGAAAAGGAUGUGUGGGUUAUAAUUCACCUAUACAGAUCAAGCAUCCCAAUGUGUUCGUUGGUUAACCAGCAUCUUAGUCUCCUAGCAAGAAAGUUUCCUGAAACUAAAUUUGUUAAAGCCAUUGUGAAUAGCUGUAUUCAACACUACCAUGACAAUUGUUUACCAACAAUUUUUGUUUAUAAAAAUGGUCAGAUAGAAGGCAAAUUCAUUGGAAUUAUAGAAUGUGGAGGGAUAAAUCUCAAGCUGGAAGAACUUGAAUGGAAGCUAGCAGAAGUUGGAGCAAUACAGACUGAUUUGGAAGAAAACCCCAAAAAAGUCAUUGUAGAUGUGAUGGUAUCUUCAAUUAGAAACACUUCUAUUUAUGAUGACACUUAUAGUUCAAACAGUGAUAAUGAUGAUACCAAAUAG